AUGAACAUUCGUGAGGCAAAAGAGAAAAUCGAAGUAAAAUUGCUUCGUAUGAAGCAGAGAAUUAAAGUGACUUCAAUGUGCGGGGGUGAAGUAAAAAUAAAACGAACAAAAGCUAUUUAUAAACAAAAAUGUUUUGAAUGUUGCGGUAUUUUUAGAAAGAGUCCCUUGCAAUGUCGGUAUGGAUAA